AUGUCGGUCGAAACAGCGUAUGGCGUUGCGUUCCGAUCUCUAGCGACCACCGAUGAGCGGCUGUACAAGGCGACAGUGCAGUUCUACAAGCGGUUGAGCUUUGCAACGGUGAAGCUGUAUGACAAGUUCAAGAACCACGGCGAUGAGAUGCUGCUGUCGGGCACGAGCCAGUCGUCCCGGCACGAGACGUGGCUGAUGUCGUUCAAGCUGUCGGAGGUGGACAGCAGCGGGUGCCGGGUGCCGCAGCAGGAGGCGGAGCGGAAGCUGCAGUCGGACGGGGCGAUGAUCAAGGUGCGCCUGGUGAACGAGGUGGCGGCGGCGGACUGCGGCGCGCUGCGCGUGAGCUACUACAGCGGUUCCUUUGCGGAGGCGGCCGCCGCGUUCCCUGACCGCGAGGAGGUAUCGGAGCACGAGUUCCGCAUCCGGGACCCACUCGGUAACGAGAUAGCGCUGACAGACACGCCGCACCUGCACGACGCGGUGCUCGGCGAGCAGGCCGUGGGGGCCGAUUUCUUCCUGUCGGGUAGCGGCGAGACGCACCGCUUGGCGCAGGGCCGCGAAACGGCCGCUGCGCUGAUGCGCAGUCUGCGCGAGACGCCAGGGGCGCCCGACAGCAAGCCCAAGAAGAAGCUGGCAGUCAUGACCUCCGGUGGCGACUCUCCUGGGAUGAACGCUGCGGUGCGCGCCGUUGUCAGAGCCGGUAUAUACUACGGCUGCGACGUGUUUGCGGUCUACGAGGGGUACGAGGGUCUGUUGAAGGGAGGCGAGUAUCUGAAGCACAUGCAAUGGUCCGACGUCCGGGGCUGGUUGAGCGAGGGUGGUACGCUCAUCGGCACUGCGCGCUGCAUGGAGUUCCGUGAACGCAAGGGCCGGAAGCAGGCCGCUGCAAACUUGAUUGAGCAGGGCAUCGAUGCAUUGGUCGUCUGUGGUGGCGAUGGCUCGCUGACGGGCGCCGACCUCUUCCGGUCGGAGUGGCCCUCGCUUGUCGAGGAGCUUGUCUCCGACGGCCGGUUCACCGCACAGCAGGUGCAUCCGUACCGUAACUUGACCAUUGUUGGCUUGGUUGGAUCGAUUGACAAUGACAUGUCUGGGACAGACUCCACGAUUGGUGCUUAUUCUGCGCUGGAACGUAUUUGCGAGAUGGUGGACUAUAUCGAUGCCACCGCAAAGUCCCACUCUCGUGCGUUCGUGGUCGAGGUAAUGGGCAGGCACUGUGGUUGGCUAGCGCUCAUGGCAGGCAUAGCGACAGCAGCGGAUUAUAUAUUUAUCCCAGAAAGAGCUGCUCCGCAGAAUAAGUGGCAGGACGAAAUGAAGGAAGUCUGCAGAAGGCAUAAAGCAAAGGGACGCCGUAACAUCACUGUCAUUGUUGCGGAAGGUGCUUUGGACACAGAGCUGAACCCGAUCACUGCCGAGCAGGUAAAGACCGCUCUCGUGGAGCUCGGUCUGGACACGAGAAUCACCACUCUCGGGCACGUCCAGAGAGGUGGUACCGCUGUUGCACACGACAGAUGGCUUGCCACCAUGCAGGGUGUUGACGCAGUGAAGGCCGUUUUGGAGAUGACUCCAGAUACUCCGUCCCCCUUGAUUGGUAUCUUGGAGGAAAAGAUCAUCAGAAUACCGUUGAUGGAAUCUGUGAAGCUAACAAAGCAGGUUGCAGCAGCCAUCCAGGAAAAGGACUUUGAUAAAGCCAUUUCAUUGCGUGACACUGAAUUUAUAGAACUUUACGAGAGCUUCAUCUCGACGACUAUCAAGGAUUCCACCGCGGUGCCAGAGAGCGGCCCUCUACGUGUGGCCAUUGUGCAUGUUGGAGCGCCAUCCGCCGCUUUGAACGCCGCUACCCGUGCAGCUUCUCUCUACUGUCUAGCCAACGGACAUAAGCCAUUUGCCAUCAUCAACGGGUUUUCUGGCCUGAUCCAAACCGGGGAAGUCAGGGAGCUUUCCUGGAUCGAUGUGGAGGACUGGCACAACUUGGGUGGCUCCGAAAUAGGUACCAACAGAUGUGCCGCAGCUGAUGACAUGGGUGCUGUGGCUUACCACUUCCAAAAGAACGAAUUUGACGGGUUGAUCAUUAUCGGUGGCUUCGAAGGGUUCAAGUCUUUGCAGCAACUAUACUCCGCUAGAUCGCAAUACCCUGUGUUCAACAUCCCAAUGGUGAUGAUUCCAUCGACCGUUUCCAACAACGUUCCUGGAACCGAGUACUCGCUCGGUACCGACACUUGUUUGAACGCCCUUGUGAACUACACAGAUGCCAUCAAACAAUCCGCUUCUGCUACUAGAAGACGUGUGUUUGUGGUCGAGGUACAGGGCGGUCACUCGGGCUAUGUGGCAUCGUUCACAGGGCUGGUGACCGGCGCUGUCUCCGUCUACACGCCUGAGAAGAAGAUAGAUCUCCAUUCGAUUCAAGAGGACUUGGCCCUAUUGAAGGAAAACUUCCGUCACGAUCAGGGCGAGAACCGCAAUGGUAAGCUGCUGAUUAGAAACGAACAGGCAUCUUCGAUAUACACCACAGAGCUGAUCGCAGACAUUAUUGCUGAACAGUCGAAUGGCCGCUUCGGUGUCAGAACCGCGGUCCCAGGGCAUGUUCAGCAGGGUGGCGUGCCAUCUUCCAAAGACAGGGUUGCUGCAUGCCGUUUUGCCGUGAAGUCGGUCAAGUUCCUCGAGAGCUGGAACGAGAAGGCAAAGCAGGCAGCCUCCCACGACGACCGCCAACUCGGCUUCCGCUACGUGAAGGGUGUCAAGACACCUAUGUUGCCCAACAACGAUGCGUCUGCGGCCGUCAUCUGUGUCAACGGCUCGACUGUCUCGUUCAAACCGGUCAACGACUUGUGGCAGAAUGAGACCGACGUUGAGCUUAGAAAGGGCCACGACAUCCACUGGUCUGAGUUCACCAAGGUGGGCGAUAUACUAUCCGGCAGAUGUAAUCUGCGCAAGGAGGUGGAUGCUAUGCGCGCCGCUUCUGCUUAG